AUGGAUGGCCCCAAUGUCCACUUUAAGUUGGUGGCUCUUCUCCACAAAGAGCACGCAGAGCUCUACAGAGGUGCUCAGCUGGUUCUUGUUGGAAGCUGUGGUCUUCACACCCUCCACAACGCAGUAAAGGCAGGCUUUACUAUGUGGCAGUUGGAAAAGCUCCUGAGAGCAAUGCACUUCCUCUUCCACAACAUUCCUGAGAGGAGAGAGGACUUCACUAGCCUGACUAGGUCCUCCUGCUCCCCACUACCAUUCUGUGGCCACAGAUGGAUUGAGAAUGUCCCUGCGGCAGAGAGAGCAGUUGAGGUUUGGCCAAUGCUGCUGAUGUAUUUGGAUGUUGUCAAGAAGAAGGUCCCAAACCCUGCCACUGCCUCUUAUGAUAACAUUGCGGCAGCACAAGAGUAUCCAUUCAUCAUUGCCAAGCUGCAGUUCUUCCUGGUGAUUUCCAGGACCUUCAGCACCUUCCUGACAAAAUUACAAACCGAUGAGCCAGUGUUGCCCUUCUUGGCCAAAGACUUGACUAAGCUGCUGCAGAGUCUACUGAGGUGGUUUGCGAAGAGGGAGCUCCUACAGGACCUCACCUCCCUGAAGCUGACCAAAGUCGAUGCAGCCGAUCUGAAUUGGGUCUCCCCUAUGGAUGCUGAGAUAAACCUGGGUGCUGAAUCUGUCAUCAAGGUGACGUGAUCGUCAAACAGUUUGAGCUUUCUCUCUGUUGAGGGUAGAGAUGAGUGUUUCCUCUCCAUUCAGCCACUGGAGCAGCAGCUUGAUGUGUUCCUGCACUCAGCAUGUCUUACCCUGAGCUGUUAAGGUUCUGUCAGAGCCUUGUACUUCUGUCCCAUGGACAAGCCACGGUAGGGAGAGGAUUCUCUAUCAACAAGGAGGUUGAAACCUGCAACCUCCUUGAAGAAUCUCUGUGAUGACCAGGUCAGUGUCUAUGGGGGCGUUCUGAAGGUACCUCUCACCAAGGAGGUCCUGGCUUCUGCAGGCUCCGCAAGUUGACAGUACGGGAUUCACCUGGAACAACAGCAGGAAAGAGAGCGAGAGAGUGCCACACAGCGCCUCAAGAGGAAAGGAGUCGAACAUGAGCUAGAAGAGCUGAAAAAAAAACCAUCCUAAUAGAUAUGUACAACAUCCUGCAAAACGACGCAGAUCAACUAGCAGAGCAGGCAGAGGAAAAUCUGGAUCGUUAUUGAGCAACUGAUCAGGAAGUCCAACGCCCUCAGGGGGAGAAACAAAGAAAAACACAAUGAGCUGAUGCAAACUGAAAAAAACUGUUGGAAUGCAAAGCAACGAAUUGAGGUGCACGCCAUGAAUCUUGAUAGGUGUUUGUAAGGAGGGAGCCCCCCCCCCCCCCACACACACACACACAUCUCACUUUGUUUUAUAUACGGAAAAGGCUCCAGCAUCCCCACGACCCUGAGCAGGAUAAGCGGUUUGGAUAAGGGAUGGAUGGAUGGAUGGAUGGACUACUACCCAAGUUCAAAGUUUAUACAAGUACAGAUAGGGAAAGUCCAAGUUCUGAAAUUAAUGAUUUCAUAAGAUUGUGUGUGCAUGUGCGUGUGUGUGUGUUUGUGUGGCUAUAUCAGUUGUAAUUGUAAUAUAGGCCUAGGAGUGUCCUUCGAAAGGCUGAGUUGCCAUUCACUGCUGUAGAGCCCCACCUGCCCAAUAGCAUGCUGACGAUGUGAUUUCCAACAAUGUUUUGUGUGAAAAUGUUGUAUGGCCUCAUUUGUUAGGCCAAAUGCAAUGGAAAGUGAAUGGGAAAGCGAGCAAAGCAUACAAAGACCACAGAUAUUUUUGUUAAUGACCAUGUUGUGUGUGUGUGUG